AUGACAACCAUUGUGGCUGCUCUGAAAAAGUGGGAGGAAGAGAACGACUAUCCUGCAGAAGAGGCUGAAGAAGUUGGCCUACAGUUCCAGAUACCACCAAUUGAACAAAUGGAUGGGAAUUUGUCGAAGUUAACAAAAUGCAGGAAACUCUCCCUCUCCACUAAUUGCAUUGGAAAAAUUUCUGGAUUGGAGAAAAUGGAAAAUUUAGUAAUUCUCUCCCUUGCAAGAAACAAUAUUUCCUCUCUGGCAGGAUUGGAGGCUGUUGGAGGCACAUUGGAGCAACUGUGGAUGAGCUACAAUGAUCUGCAGCAACUCAAGGAACUCACUGAACUUCCAAAGCUCAAAAUUCUCUACAUAACGCACAAUCGAAUUCGAAGUUGGGAUGAGGUUGCACGCAUUGCUGCACAUGGGAGUCUUCAGGAGGUCUCCUUCAGGGGGAAUCCUCUUGUUGAGGAUCUCGAAGAGGAUGAAGAUUAUUUCGACAAGAUGAUUCCACGUCUUCCGAACUUGAAAAAGCUCGACGGAGAGCCAAUUGUGCGCUUAGAGGGUGAAUUUUAA